AUGCCUUCAUAGUACGACAAUACUUAUCAUUUUGAGUACUCAAAGCCCACCUAUGAUACUGUUGAGGACAAAAUCAAGUUCCAGACAAUCAGAGAGGCUGAUGAGGUGCUAGAGCUCAAGACUUCUAGAGAGCCAACCAGAGAAGAGGAGAUCUAGUAUCUAGACUGGCUUGAGUCAGAGUUUGCAAGUGAUCCAUGGAUAACUCACCGUUUCAGAAAGUACACUGCUAGUCCAAAGAGAUGGGCAUGGAAGAACGCAAUGGAGCAAAAGAGAGAUUAUCAGUCACAAAUGUUCACAAAUUACAUCUUUGGUUUCCUCUUGACUUGGCCACUUGGAGUCUAUGUUGGCAGAUCAAUGUAAACCAGAGGCACAGGAGUACCAUCAGUCCCUCUUCAGAAAUACUUGCAUGAUUUCUACAAUCUUGAUCCCUCACACUACUCAAGAAAGCUAUUCAGAAGAUACUUCUUCAUCACCUGUUCACUUGGUGGAGUCUUUUUCGCCUAUGCUACUGUUGAGAAUAGAUACAAAAAUCCUUGGUACUCGAGACCAGAUCUUAAGCCAUUCCCAGCAAUGGUAGCUAAAGAUCACCUCGACAGAAAUGAAAAGCAAAUGUACGAGACUAAUUACAGAAGCUAUCAUCAAGAGGAGGCCAAAAUGCAAAGAAAAAAUAGCACAUGGUACCGUCUACUGUUCCCAAAUGAUGCUUUAUUCGAUGCUAAAAAGAAUACUUAUCACGGCACUCACAAGGAAAACAACUAUAACCCAGCAAACGGCUACUAUUCUAACCCAGGCAACGUCCAUUACAGACAUCACUUAAACGAGUGA